ACAAAAACCUGCUACCUGUUAUUGAACCCGCACAAAAACUGCUUGAUGGACUAGACCUAACGUGGCCUUUCCGAGACAAAGCAGCACACGGUCUCUCCUUCUGUGGCUUUUUAAAUUGUGUAGUGUGUGUGUGUGUGUAUUUACAUUGACGUCGUUCAGUGCAUAUUAUUACAAUGGACAGUGUUAUCAUUCAUAAGCCAUUUUUCCACUAGUGAAUGAACAGCUUCUAGUUAUCGCCGGAUUAGCUAAAUGAUGCUCGUGCGUCUUUGAUGGGAGCAUUUAAAAUAGCCCUAAUCAUUUCAGUGACUCAUUGACAUUACUUUGAUGACGGCCGUUACGUUACGUUGCACCCACCGUAAGAGCAGCUGACACAAGAGAUACUAGGGAGACCUUUGGCGUCGAGUGACAUUAUGCCGGUAACGUUCGCAUACCCACCAUUGGCCGCUGGGCUUCGUUGGUAAACCCCCGUCGUUGCUGUCUCCACUCUGCAGCUGCAAAAUCUACUCAGGUUACCGGCAUUGCUAUUGUUACCGCAGCUGUUGUCGUCCGUUCGCUGGUGUUUGUGUUGAUUAGUCGUUAGUGGAGCAAUGAGUGCCACAUCGCCUUAUUCUGAACGAUGGGACUUCUCACUAGCCACUGGACGUGUGCAAGGGCAUGGCGGUGAUGGGCCCCACGGAAGUUCACGUCGACGACCCGUCUCGCCCAUAUUUGAUGUGGUGUCCGUAACCGGUUAACAGCAGUUUGGUUUGUUUAGUCAACGUCGGAAGAAAAAUCGCGGCGGCCGUUCCGCUAACGAUCAUCAACGACGGUGGCCCAGUGACACCAUGGACAGCAACGAGCACCUGGUCCAGAGUGUCGGUGUUGUACUUUUUCGAGCUCUGGAUUUCCGGCUGGGCCCGGACGAGCAACGCUCUUUAAGCCCUGCGAUGGAUCUACUAUUGGACAAGAUGACCUCAGCAGGCGACGGUGAACCUCACGAUCUCCAUUCGACUACUACAGGCACCACGACGACGUCCGGUGCCCAUCGAGGUAGCACCCACGGGAAUAGUCUCAGCCAGGCGACGGGGCCUCACGACACUCAUCAUCAUCCACACGGGCGGCUCGGCGGGGUGGAACCCGCUGGGAGAGCGGCACUUUUCCGCCGGGAUGAAGACGAUGAUUCCGAAGGCGGAGGGAGGAACUCGGCCGCCGACAGUGAAGGCGCCUACGACGAGGGCAUCCACGAUGUAGAAUUGGACGACGAAACGCGAAGCGGAAGCCCGGAUGCCGAGAAUGACGGCCUAACCUUAGAUAAAGUAAUUCAGAUGUGUAGUGCACAUAUGUCAUUGGGCAACCAGGCGGACCCUCAUUAUCGAGCCGUGUGUCGCGCCUUCGUCGCCGAGUGGCUUGAACUUACCACCUUCCUCCGGGAAGUUUCCAAAGGAACCAAAGAACUUCGAAGCAAAUCGUAUGAGGUUUGCGCGACGGGUGCUGACGAUGACGUCUGCAGUAAUCUGGACGAGUUGGGUUUCCAGGACUGGGCCAGGCUGUGGGUACAGGUAAUCCGCGAAUUGAGACAGGGCGUGGUAUUAAAGAAGGUACGAUUAGAUCAUCUUCCACAGACGGAACCGUCGAUUGAGUACGAACUUACUCCAUACGAAAUGCUACUCGAUGAUAUACGAAGUCGAAGAUACAAACUGAAUAAGGUGAUGGUAAAUGGUGAGCUGCCCCCGCGAGUGAAAAAGGACGCAUUUGCAUUGAUUCUUGAGUUUAUUCGGUCGCGUCCUCCACUCGUGCCGGUCGGCCAGCGAAGAUUGAAACAGCUCCCGCCAAAGGAACCUCCACUUCACGAACGGCUUAUGGAUGCUAUUCGACAACAACAUCGGCUACGACAUGUCACGACGCGAUACUCUUCCAUUCUCGACUAUGGCUGGAGUUUCGCUUCGGAUACGUGCGGCGGAUUGUCACUGUCUUCAACUGCUACCAAUGAGUCGGAACAAAGCUCCCCUUCAUUCCAAAGUAAAUCGUCGCAGAACUUCAGUCAGAGGAGACUUAUCCAUGUCGACCUCAUGUUCUCUGACGAUGAACUCGAGGAUAGUGAAAGCAAUGCAUCUUCCUUGACGAAACACCCGUCAAUCGAGUUUCUCAGUUCUUCGUCGUCGUCGUCGUCGUCGUCGUCGUCGUCGCAGUCGCCGCAGGAUGUUACACCCGUGGCCGAGCAUCAGAGUCUACCAGCGAACCUGAAAAGGCGUGCCUCUAGGCUCUCCUGGCAGAAGUCUGCCGUUACUCAACUGAAUGACCCCUCAGUGGCAGCGGCGGCUCGAACACGGAAGUUAUGGCGGCGACAUUCGAUAGACGUUUGUGACGCGGAACAUCAGGAGAAAUUGGUCAAAAAUGACCCUUUUCGGAGGUCGAUUCGCGUACGGCAGGAGAUACGGAUCGAUGAUUCUUCAGGCACCAAUGGAAGUGCUGACCCCAAAGAUUCCGGAGCGAGCAAGAUCGCCAUUGUAAAUAAACAGUUGGAGUGCCUUUCAUUAACACUUGAGGAGGUAGCACAUAUACGGUCAGUGAUGACAAAGGCUGAGUUAGAAACCCUCCUUGUUGCCCCGCAGCUCUACGAGGACGUCGCAAGGAGCAAGGUGUGUUUCACCUGUAGAAAGAACCGUUUCAACGUUCUUUUUAGCAGGCCCGUCAAAUGCCAUCUUUGCGAGCGCUCAGUUUGCGACAAGUGCUCGACAAAAAUGCACAUCCCUACGCACAGAUUUGAUCGGAUUCCGGUAUAUAUGCUUUCCCCAAGCACGCCUACUGAAGAGAUAGCUGUGGAAGCUCCCAGUCGCGAUAAGAAGGCCAGCAGUAAGAAGAAGGACGAAAUUGAAACUGCAGUGCAGACGUUUACCAGUGGAUCUGCGCCGUCAUCGCCAAAUAUAAAUUCGCGAGCAAGCGGUGCUAUUGCAGUACAUCGAGACGAUGCUGUGGAUUCUCCUUCAGUCGCCAGCUCGUUGGAAAAGCAUCAGCAACAAAUCGAAGUGGCCAUCAUGUCCGGCCAGGACGUCACCGAUGAUGUCACUGAAAAUGAUCGAAAGAAAAAAUCAUGGCAAGAUUCAAUUUCAAAGAGUCUGCUGAAGCGACCCUCGAUUUUGCGGGUUCGAGCCAAGCUUCGUUGUUCGCCAAAAGCAGCCAACCACGAAGAGACCAAAAGCGAACUAUGCGAAAAGCUUAAGGCGCCAGUACUGCCUGUAUGUCGCGACUGCAAAUAUCUUGUGCGUUCGAUUAUACUGUCGAAUCGGAACCCGAUCGUGAAGAGUCAUAGUGAUAACUCGAACUGAGGCUCGUUCCGCAUCGCGGGUAUCGAAACACGCUGCAGACGCUGAGCUCGUCGAUGUUCUUAAAGGUGAAGAACGAGAAGAUGUGGAGAAACAACUAUGGAAUCAGUGAGGACCCUGAAUCCAUCUGAUGCCUCCCGUUUGGUGGUACAUCAAGCAAGCACAACAGCAUAUAUAGACAUUAGCCAGCUAACGAUAGUAGUCUAGCAGAGAGAAAUUGUAUCGAUCCCUUGUGUUAUUUCGUUCAAGCGUUAAAAAUAUUUUGACAAUAAACAGUAUGUGUAUAUAUACGAUUUACGAUAGUCGCCAAUUCUUCCCCAUUUCCCUUAAAGGACCGUAAAUAGACAUCAAGUGUUAACACGCUUGUAUAUAUAAUAUAUACUGACACGACAUUGGCCUCCCGCUUUUCGAAGCUUGGACAAGGAACCGUCCAUAAGCGUUAUUUGUCGACCUGUUCGGUGCUUUAAAGGGUUCAGGAGGCUACGCGCGCGACUGUGCGCGUAUCUGCGAGAUCCAGCGACGUGUAAUACGCCCACUUCGAAUCGACCCAAGUCGAUCGGUAAACGUGAGCGAAGACGUACAGUUGACCAUAGAAUGUUUGUGGUUGAGGCGAUUUAUUAUCUUAAGUAUUUGUGAAAAGGAUAUAUCGGUGAUGAAAUCGAAUAGAGAGAUACUGUGACAGAUGCGAUCUAUAAACGAUAAGGCUUCCAAUAUAGCUGUACUUAAGUAGACAAUGGAGGGCUGUUCGUCGAUACGUGUCACACGCGACAAUACCAUGUGAUUGUUCUUAUAAUUAGUGGAGCAAGCAGUGACCCUCUUGCUUAGAAUUUCGUUGAGUCUAUGUCUGUUGCAAUAUCAUAUGUAUGUAUAUAUGAUAUUACAACAUUGGAUAGAUUGUUACAAAAUAAAACGGGUUUAUAUUUGUGCCGUAAUGACAAACGUGUGAACGAACGUACAAAAAAGUUUGCUAGAAAAUAUUCCGCCUGUUACACCGGAGUGGUCACUUAAUACGCCUGACGUCGAUAGGGAACGUACCUAUAUAGACUGGAUUGUAAGACAGUGGGACUAUUGAGUGUGGGCAAGGAAUUGAAUGCGGUGUGAUUGGUUCAGAAAAGGCCAUAGAGCGUUGCAACUUCCAUAUCCACCCUUUAUCUCGUAAGUUAUUUUUAAGGGCGCGACGAGAAUUGCAUGACAGCAAGAUAAAAAAAGCAAGCCUGAUAUACGUUUCUUAGAGUAUCAAUUCAUCUGCCUAAUAUUGUUUCACACAUAAUCUGUAAUAGUAUGAAAGUGUUUAUCAAAGACUGUAUACAAUGAUGGACGAUUGUCAAUAGACACAGUAUGUGAAAAGUUUUUUUGUGUUAAUCUUUGAAUUUUCGACGAAUAAUCAGUUACCAUAAGACGGUGUUUUGAAAAACUUCUUUCGCAUUUAACCGUUUUAUUUGUGUAAUGGAAAAGGGUGGAUCUAGCAAAAAAAAAAACAGCCGUUUCAUAAGUGAACAAGUUGAAUAUAUUGGUAUCUAUGACCUGAAGGACUGUACAACGGACUAUAAUUCCAUGACAAGUGCUUAUAGUUCAAAGAACGAAGCAGAUAAAAUAAACAUCUAUAUAUGAGUACGCUUUGAGGCUGUCCGUUAGUAGUUUGCAUGAUGAUAAGGAAUGGUAUUUUGUGGGACUGGCCGCAACUGCAUAGGUGGCCCGGACGCUGUCGACCCCAGCGUCCUGAUUCGUCGUUCAGGCAAUACCCAACAAAAGCAGGUCUAGCGUGCAAAUCUAUCUAACGUUCAGGUCAAAAAGGGGGCAACGUUAAAUGAUCAGAAUGCUGAUAAGCUGAAUAAGGGAAUUCGAGCGUAUAGUGCGUGGAACGAAUAGAUGUGAUGUAUGCAGGAGGAAGGAAGAAAGCAACUGGAAAACCUUUGUAUCUAUAGACUAUAGCAAAUAUGUGCGUGUGUAUAUGGGAUGGACUUGUCAAUGAGGCCCUGCUAUUCAUGUUUUGCCUUACGUUGAAGACGACCGCUAUAUCAUUAUAUACCUGCCCCAGAUACGACAACACGGCAAUGGGCAAUCCGUAGUGAUGAAUAGCAAUGAGCAGUGAUAGUGCAACAAGUACACAAAGUAGAUAAUGACAGCGUGCGAUCUACAUAGAAUGACGGUAUGAUUCAGCGAGUGAUCAAUGUAUGUUUGAUUGUUGGAACCACAUAAUUGUAUUGUAUAACAAGAAAAAAGACGAUGAAUAUUAUGAUGAUACUGAUGAGGCCUACUAUGAUCAAGUAACAAUGAUGACAGCGGUGAUGGUCAGAUUUGGGGGACAAGUGUAUCUAUUUUUAUUAAUAUUAUUAUUAAUAUUAUUAAAUUCCUUUUUAAGCCUUCUACGAUUGCACAAUUUAUUAAAUGCCCAUACAUUGCCCCCUACUAUUCCCCCAACCAUCGCCCAUUUUUCUGAUUGUAUGUGCAUGCAUGAAUGUUGCAGAGCAAGCGAGAGAAGAUCAACUAUAAAUAUGAAAAAAUCAACAACAAAGAAACAACAGCCACAACAUGGUAGAUAAGAUAAAAACACUGUGAACAGAUAUAUGUGACCACAAUAAGUUUGCGCAGGACCAAAAUAAUUGACCGGUAUUAGAGCAUAUUCGGUUGAACGUAGCACCAUUACCUUUGUGCUUCUAUUUAGUUGACCGUGUAUGAGCAGGGCUGAAAAAAACUAACUAAUUAAUAAACUAUCGCCACUAAGAAUAUAACAUGCUAUAAAUUGCAGCGAACCUGAUAUCGUAUACUGCUGAGUGGCGGAUAAACAAAAACAGGAAAAUGCCGCAUGGCUCUGAUUGAAAGUACUUUAUUUCUGCUGCUUACCUGAGCUAAGAACAAUACAAACCAAUAUAUUUUAUGUUAUUAUUAUUAUUAUUAUUAUUAUGUAUUUCACUUACCACUAGCCAAGACUUGCCGUCUAAACACAGUAUAUAAAUAUACAUAUAUAUAAACGAAGUAUACAUUGUAUAUGUAUCAAUACCGUCUACUUCAAUACCGAAACAACUGCUUUUUCUAGCCAAGAAGACAAGAUUGUUGACAAGUUGUCAACUUAACGACAUACAGAAAAACUUCAUUCGAAUAUCCCAGCCAUCCUGACGCUUGCGGAAAGAAAGGUCACAUAAUAAUAAAAAUAUCUUAAC